CUAACAACGAGCCAAGCAAAGAAGGCAUUACCAGACCAACCAAGUGUUCAGCCACCGCAUGGAGAUAAACUGGGUUCAGGAAUGGUGUCUUUGGGAGAAAUACAAGAAAACGAAAUAUUUCCCCAAGAAGACACUUCUCACUUCAAGACGAAAGAGACCUCGCAAAAAGAAGUCGUGGCUUGCUGUGGUGGCAAUGAUACCACUAAGGACAAUUUUACUUAUUUUCUGUCUAGAAAAGGCAAUCAUCAAACAGGGACCAGCUCAUUUAAGGAUGAUGACAUUGUUGAUGACACUGACGCUAAAGUUAACGUGAAAAUACCCAAAAGGAGAGCGGGUAGCUCCUUUACUGAUUACAAGGAUGAGAAAAGAGGCAAACCUUGGGGUCAGUGUAAUAUAUGAAGUUCGUAUUCCCAGUGUUACAAAACUAGAUGCAUGAUAGAUCCUUGCUUUCUUACUAAUUAAUGAUUUUUUGCUAAAGUGAAGUGCCAAUCCGUUCUCCUUUUCCAGUUUCUUCAGAUCUCCUUAGAGUUACGUUAAUCAUCGUUUGCGGUUUUGUUUAAAGAUUUACCAUAAGUCGAAGCGCCUUUUCUGUAGGCAUUUUUCGUUAAGAAAUUUAAUUAAGGCUUACUCAAUUAAUGCUGACGUUUUCAUUAUACAAAUAUGUGCUUUUUGGAAUAGUGAUCUAUGUCACGAAUUUAUUCGACUGUGCAAUGAAUGAGAACUGCUGCACUGCUGUGAGUUGAUUGGAGACGAUCCCGGGGAUGGGGCAUUUGCUCUCCUAUUUCGUCCCCACUGACGGGUAUUUCUGAUGUGUAGGUAGACAGACUUGAGGGUUAAGGAAAAUCACGUCCAUUUUGGUAUUGGUAUAAGCGUUAAUUAUCUACUAUUUUUUUAGACGACGACGAUGGUAAAUUCAGGCUACCUCCUGGUGCAGAUGUUGAUGAUCCUGGAAUCUCUGUUGAAUUAAAUGCAUUAAUUGCAUCUAGUUCUAUUAAAAGAAACAGGGCUACUUUAUCAACGGUCGAUAAAGGUCAUAGUCAUGAAGAAACAGAAACAACUGAAAAUGAGAAUAAUGAAUUAUCCCAGAAAGACCAGAAAGAUCAAGAAAAAAAAUGCAAGGAUGAUUUCACGGUUUUCAACCAACAUUUGGAAAGCAGAUCACUGAAAACAAAGAAGAAGGCCUCUACAGAGACGGGAAGUAGUGCUCAGAGCAAUUUAUUGAGAAAAGACGAAAGAAAGAAAGGACCAAGCAAUUCAGAAGGUACUUAUUGUAAAAAAUAAAUAACUCUAAAAUUAUGCUAGUAUGAGAAAAUUUUCGUUUAUCCAUGGAAGAGACUGUCACAGGGCACCACACAAGUUUAUAGCAGACUAGUGGACAUUUCGGAAAUUUUCGCCGAGAACUUGUCAACGUAUAUCGUAGCAGCUUAACACUUGUUACACUCGACACAGUCGGUACCCGGCUUAAAUUCAGUCGAUGCACUCAAGACAGUAGGCUCAUUCCUAUAUGACACAUCUUUCUGAAAAAUGUUGUACUGUUUUUGCCAACGAGCCAAUCAAAGAGCCGCUUUGGAACGGCGCAGGUAAACUGUUAUUCGACCCACGCUUGUAUGCUUACGGGUUUGACAUGAAUCAGUAAGUGCAGGUUGACCAUGAACACGGUUGCCUUUCAAAGCGUUUUGUCUUGCUUGUUUUAAAAUUUUCUUUUUUAUUAUAUCUGUCUUACAGCUAGUGGCCAUGAAAAGGAGAGUGAAAGUACAUUUGAUUUAAAUAGAGGAGGAAGAAUGCAGAGCAUCGAGGAAGACAAAGUAAGUUCAGGAUCGGCCUUAAAUCAGGCAGAAAAAGCUACAUCUCGAUAUGAAUUGAGCAACAACGUAACUCAGAAAGAAAACGACUUGGCUGAAAGGACAAAGGAAGAUGAAAGCAAAGUUUUGAAUCAGGAGCUCAGCUCAGUAAGCAAAUCAAGGGACAAAAGAAAGAAUGUGACCUUUAAAGUGACUGGAGACAGUGCUGAAAAUGCCAGCGGUAGCAACAACGAAAUGGAAGAAGGGAUAUUCACCUCAAAAGGUAUUUGUUUUGAAGCAAAAUGA